CAACUACUCCUGUUUCUCCAAUACUCCGCGAGACACUUCUAAAAUGGCUACGACAGAGACUUUCGUGCGACCGAUCACUCAACUAGUGGCCGAGACAAUGACACUUUCGCCGUUUGACCAGUUUAAUGGCAGACAUUACUUGCCACUCUUUUCGAUCUUCAAGCAGCCAGACCACAAACUCUUCGACGUAAUAAUUUCCGAACUGGAAGAGGGCCUUGCCAGACUGUUGAGCGAGAUACCCUUCCUCGCCGGCAACGUGAUCAUAGAUGACGAAUCACGUGACCUUCUCACUCUGGAAAUCCCCGAGGAUGGAGGAGUACUUCUCAAGAUCAGGAGAAUGGCAGAUGCCGAUGAUGGCCCAGUGCUGGAUUUUGAAGAAAUGGAGCUCGGCGGCUUUCCUGUGUCUGCGCUCAAUCCUGCGGUUAUGUGUCCAAGGUCGUUUCUGCCUGAUGCCACUGCCCCUUGCAUGCAGAUCCAAGUCAACUUGAUUCGUGGCGGGUUAGUUCUCGCGAUGCAUUUCCAUCAUUCGGUUGUUGACGGAGAGGGUGCUAUGGCGAUAAUCAAUCAAUGGGCUAAGCAUGUUAGGGCUGUGUCUGAUUGUCAAAUUCUGCCCGAGUCCGACUUACUACCAGCUGAAGCUUUUGACCGCACCGUCCUCUUUCCUGAGAACAGUUCCCGAUCUAAGCUCUGUGACUUCGCUAGCUUUCAAGAUGGGCGUGAUAUGUCCCCGGACGGAGAUUCGUGUUGGAAUGUGGGUGAGCGUAUGGAGGUGACGGGCGCCAAAAUUGCCAACGGGGUAAGCUGGUAUUUCACCAAAGAGAAUCUCCGGCACAUCGAGGAGAAGGCAAUGCCCAGGAACCCAGACGAUCCCAAGAUGACGGAAAGCUCAGUACUCUCGGCGUUCGUUUUCCGGCAUUACACUCUUGCGAGACGCCUGGAGCGGCAGGGCAUCGAUGAGGCAUCAUAUCACUACCCUUGCAACAUCCGCUCACGAAUUGAGCCUCCGCUUCAUCCCCAAUACCUGGGUAACUCUGUUGUUCCCAGCAGAACGCUUUUGCCCCUCUCAGAAAUUUUCUCUUCGGACGAAGAUGCGUUGUAUCGCAUUGCCUCCGCCAUCAGCAGCAGCAUCGACUGGUGGUCCUCGGACAAGAUUUGGGAACUCCUGGGCGCGAUGGAAGCCUGGCCGCGUGUCGGAGAUAUUGAGCGUACUAUGGAUCUCAAUUGCAAGACCGACUUCCAUCUCACCAAUCUGUCGGCUUUCCCUAUAUUGGACAAUUACUGGGGUCCCAAAAUGGGUUCCAUGAUCUCUUUCAGGCUUCCAGCCAUGGCUUUGAUGGAUGGUUAUGGUCUCAUCAUGCCGCGUUAUGCUGAUGGUGGGUUGGAGGUCAUUCUUUAUAUGAAUGCAGACACGCUAGAAGUGCUAAAGGAAGAUAAGGAGUUUACGCAAUAUGCUCGAUUUGUUUCUGACUAGCCUUAUUGUCUCAUAGAACUGACAUCCCUGCGAGGCGAAAGUCCCGUAGCAAAUCUGAAUAUUCGACUAAAU